AUGGCCACAUGGAGAACCUAUGCGCCUGACUAUGAGGUCAACCUGAUCAAUUUGGAGAACUACAAAGAACAUUUACAAGAACCGGAAGAUACGCCCCGAACCGUGGGCCCCGAGAGCUUCGAAUUCAUCGCGCGCUUCUCGGACUGGCUGCGCUUGGCGUUGCUGGCGAAGCACGGCGGGGUCUGGUUGGAUGCCACGUUGCUCCUGACGGCUCCGCUGCAGUAUUUGGUCAAUGAAUCAGCGACCUUCAGUGGAGUUCACCUCGAGGAUCGGGUGGAAAGUUUUUUCUUGGCGUCGCGUGCGCAUGAAGUCUUGAUGCAACGCUGGCGCGACACCUUGUUUCACAUCGCUCAGAUGAAUGAGAGCGCCUACGACCAGCACCUUGUCGCCCUCCGCGGCCGUGGCAUCGAACCGCUCAACGGCGCCAUGGCCCGCUGCGACUGGAGCCUUCGGUCGCCUCUGCACGGCGCGCUGCACUCGGCGCUGCACUUCGGCGCCCGCAGAAUCAACGCCUUCACGCGGUACACGAACUUCUAUCUGCAAGUCUGCAACGAACGCUAUUGGAUGCACUACUUGAGGGUCAUGGUGGCCUUCUAUGGCGUGAUCGAAGGUAGUGGUUACAACACCCAAGAGUUGUACAGCAAAUGGGACUUGCACAUCCAAGAUUCCAUGAAGAAUGUGAACGCCUUAGCCGUUUUGCUUGGCUGGAACAGCAGCGACAUUGUGCAUUUCAUCUCUACAAGUCGAAGUGCCAAGUUCGACCUCUACCAGGUCCGUGGCAUCAAGCUGCGCAGAGCUGAAUGGGAGCAGCUGGACUCGCUGAAGGUCUGCGAAGCGGGGAGCGUGAUUUGCCGCCUUCAGAAACUCACCGGCGCCGACAUCUUCGACGAAGUGCCUGCAGAAGUCUCCGAGCCACCGGCCUUUGAGUUGUGA